AUGUCGACCUCGUCAAACUCUCCUGGGUCCUCUUCCGUCACAGAACCCAAGUUCGACCUGCGCAAUCCAUUGCCAUUAUCUGCAACCCAAGAACAACAAGUCAAAGAGGUGUACUACAAGAGGGUACGAGGCUACUGUGCCGAGGAAAUCAAAGCCUUUGCCGAAUGCGCCCGCAAUCGAACUUUUACCACAACAUGGGUCUGCCGAGACCAGCGCCUUGCCAUGAACUCGUGCAUGCUGGCCCAUGCCAAACCCGAAGAACUCGACCGCGCGCGUGAGGAGUGGUUUUCCAGCCGCGAUGCGCGCCGCCGUGAGCGCGAGGAGCAGGAAGCAGCAGUGGAAAAGCGGCGUGUCGAGGUGAUUCGGCUGAUGCGGGCGGAUAACGAGAAGCGGAAGGCUGGCUGA